UUCCUUCCGAUUAGCCAUCCAUCAUGGCGGAGACGCCGAGGGCGAGCUCGCCGCGGCCGUGGGCGGACCUGGACACGGACUGCCUCGUGCACGUCUUCCGGCGCCUGGACCUGGACGACCUGGCGUCGGCGGCGCCGCUCGUGUGCCGCGGGUGGCGCCGGGCGGCCUCCGACCCGUCGCUGUGGCGGGCGCUCGACCUGCGCCGCGACCACCUCGCGCGCUUCAUGCCGUGGGGCGCGCUCGCGUCGGCCUUCGCGGCGGGCUACGGCGUCCGGCGGUUCGGCCUCGCGGGCUUCCUCAGGCUCUGCGUCGCGCGGGCGGCCGGGACCGUCGCCGACCUCGCGCUCCCGCCGCUGCUCUCCUCCGGCGGCUGCCCCUCCGAGCUCGACCACGUCGCCGCGGCGUGCCCGGGCCUGCGCCGCCUCGCGCUCCCCAAGCUCCCCGACGAGGCGCGCCUCCCGGAGCUCGUCCCGCGGUGGCGCCGCCUCCGGCACCUGGAGCUCGACUCCAAGCCGUCCUCCUUCCCGGCCGUCGCCGCGCAGCUCGCGCUGCACUGCCCCGACCUCGCGGGCCUCAGGAUCGCGUCGGGCUCCAUCAAGCCCGAGGACGCCGCGGCCAUGGCGGCGUCGCUGCCGAGGCUCCGGUCGCUCUGCCUGGACCGGUGCUACCUCCCCAGGCAGGAGCUGCUCGCCAUCCUCGCCGGCUGCGCGGAGCUGCGCGAGUUCACGGCGAGGGGCUGCGUGGGGUUCGACGAGAAGGACGAGGAGGUGCUCCGGCGAGGCGCCGGGAUGGAGCGGUUCGACGUCGGAGGGUCGAGGCUGCUGGACGAGCACCCUGACGUCGAGCCCACCAACGAUGAUGACUUCUACUGCUACUCCGACGACUCCUACGUCGACGUCAUCUGAAUUUUUUUUUCUUUCUUUUUUACCUUUGCUUCCUCUCUCUUUUUUUUUAUUUUUUCUUUUCUAUUUUUGUGUUUCUAGAGGUGCAAGUUCGUAGCUGACGUGUAAUUUUCGUGAGCUUUCAUUUUUCGUGUGGAGACAAUCAGAUAAACGAUAUAGUGUUUGAUUUGCUGGGUCUUAAAACGUCCAUCGACCCUCUUGUCACUGUACGAAGUAUUUGCUCAUGUUAUAAGAUUUUCUUGUAAUAAAUACAUAAAUAUAGAUAAACUCAUUA